CCAACACCAAGCACCACUACAGUUCACUAUUUGGCCACUUUGAGAUUUCCUCAGCGAGGAGGGGUUUUUACUCAAUAGAGCAGGACUUCUGGUUAUAUGUGCAUCUGAAGGGCUGAUUGCAGGCAAUGAAGCAGUAGAACAUUAGCAGGUGUAGACAUACCCCCCACACCGCCUGCCAAGAUGGUGGCCCUGUCCCUGAAGAUCUGCAUCCGCCAGUGCAACCUGGUGAAGACCAUGCAGUUUGAGCCGUCCACGGCCGUCUACGACGCCUGCAGAAUCAUCAGAGAGAGGGUUCCCGAAGCCCAGACUGGACAAGCCUCAGACUACGGUCUGUUCCUUUCUGAUGAGGACCCCAGGAAAGGCAUCUGGCUGGAGUCAGGAAGAACUCUGGAUUAUUACAUGCUGCGGAAUGGGGAUAUCCUUGAAUACAAGAAGAAACAGAGGCCAUUGAAGAUCAAGAUGCUGGAUGGAGCUGUGAAAACCAUCAUGGUGGACGACUCCAAAACAGUGGGAGAGCUGCUAGUGACGAUAUGCAGUAGAAUAGGAAUCACCAACUACGAGGAGUACUCUCUGAUCCAGGAGGUAAUGGAGGAGAAGAAGGAGGAUGGGACGGGCACCCUGAAGAAAGACAGGACUCUGCUCCGAGAUGAGAGGAAGAUGGAGAAACUCAAAGCCAAGCUUCACACAGACGACGACUUGAACUGGCUUGACCACAGCAGAACGUUCCGUGAGCAGGGGGUGGAGGAGACCGAAACUCUUCUGCUCAGGAGGAAGUUCUUCUACUCAGACCAGAACGUGGACUCACGAGACCCGGUCCAGCUCAACCUGCUCUACGUCCAGGCACGAGAUGACAUCCUAAAUGGUUCUCACCCUGUGUCCUUCGACAAGGCCUGUGAGUUUGCAGGGAUUCAGGCUCAGAUCCAGUUUGGGCCGCACAUAGAACACAAACACAAGCCUGGAUUCCUAGACCUCAAGGAGUUUCUACCUAAAGAAUAUAUCAAGCAGCGAGGGAAUGAAAAGAAAAUCUUUCAGGACCACAAGAACUGUGGUGAGAUGACAGAGAUAGAAGCUAAAGUAAAGUACGUGAAGCUAGCCAGGUCCCUAAGGACAUACGGAGUGUCUUUCUUCCUGGUGAAGGAGAAGAUGAAGAGUAAGAAUAAGCUGGUCCCCAGGCUGUUGGGGAUAACCAAAGAGUCAGUGAUGAGGGUGGAGGAGAAGACCAAAGACGUGGUGCAGGAGUGGCCCCUCACCACUGUAAAGAGAUGGGCCGCCUCGCCCAAGAGCUUCACCCUGGAUUUUGGGGAGUACCAGGAGAGCUACUACUCAGUCCAGACCACUGAGGGAGAACAAAUCUCUCAGCUCAUCGCUGGAUACAUCGACAUCAUCCUCAAAAAGAAGCAAAGUAAAGACCGUUUUGGUUUAGAAGGAGAUGAAGAAUCCACCAUGCUGGAAGAAUCCGUCUCCCCUAAGAAGUCGACGAUCCUGCAGCAGCAGUUUAACCGCGUGGGUCGUGUGGAGCAUGGCUCUGUGGCUCUACCAGGGGUGAUCAGGUCUGGCUCUAUAGGAGCAGAGUCUCUCAGCAUGGGCACCAUGCCUUCUGCACAGCAACAGGUCAUCAUGGGACAGAUGCACCGAGGACACAUGCCACCACUGAGCUCGGCCCAGCAGGCCCUGAUGGGGACCAUCAACACCAGUAUGCAGGCAGUACAGCAGGCACAGGCUGAUCUGGGGGAGGUGGACAACCUGCCUCCUCUGGGACAGGACAUGGCGUCCAAGGUGUGGAUCCAGAACAAGGUGGAUGAGUCCAAACAUGAGAUCCACUCCCAGGUGGACGCCAUCACCGCAGGAACAGCUUCUGUGGUCAACCUCACCGCUGGUGACCCGACAGACACAGACUACACCGCAGUGGGCUGUGCCAUCACCACCAUCUCCUCCAACCUGACAGAGAUGUCUAAGGGUGUGAAGCUACUGGCUGCUCUUAUAGAGGACGACACGGGUGGAAGCAAUGACCUUAUGGGUGCCGCUAGGAACCUUGCUGGGGCCGUCUCUGACCUGCUCAAGGCUGUGGAGCCUGCCUCCGUAGAGCCCCGUCAGACAGUGCUGAGUGCAGCAGGCAGUAUAGGCCAGGCCAGUGGGGACCUGCUGCUUCAGAUAGGAGAGAACGAGUCAGACGAGAGGUUCCAGGAGGUGCUGAUGAUCCUGGCCAAGGCGGUGGCCAACGCGGCAGCCAUGAUGGUGCUGAAGGCUAAGAACGUGGCCCAGGUGGCAGACGACACGGUCCUACAGAACAGAGUCAUCGCUGCUGCCACGCAGUGUGCCCUCUCCACCUCCCAGCUGGUGGCCUGUGCCAAGGUGGUGAGUCCCACCAUCAGCUCCCCAGUGUGCCAGGAGCAGCUGAUUGAGGCAGGGAAGCUGGUGGACCGCUCAGUGGAGGGCUGUGUCCAGGCCUGUCUUUCUGCCACAGUCGAUGGGGAGAUGCUGAAGCAGGUGAGUGCUGCAGCCAGUGUUGUCGGUCAGGCCCUGGGGGACCUGCUGGAGCACGUAUGCCACUACGGCUCCCACGGCGAGCCCAUUGGUCGCUACGACCAGGCCACAGACACCAUCAUGACCGUAACAGAGAGCAUCUUCAGCUCCAUGGGAGACGCAGGAGAGAUGGUUCGGCAGGCCAGGGUCCUAGCUCAGGCCACCUCUGACCUGGUGAAUGCCAUGCGGUCAGAUGCUGAGGUGGAAGUGGAUGUUGACAACUCUAAGAAGCUACUUGCUGCAGCUAAACUACUGGCAGACGCCACAGCCAGGAUGGUGGAGGCUGCUAAGGGCGCAGCGGCAUACCCAGAGAACGAGGACCAGCAGCAGAGACUGAGGGAGGCGGCUGAGGGGUUGCGCGUGGCCACCAACGCUGCAGCUCAGAACGCCAUCAAGAAGAAGCUCAUUAACAGGCUAGAGAAUGCCGCCAAACAAGCUGCAGCUGCAGCCACCCAGACCAUUGCUGCCUCCCAGAAUGCAGCAGUCUCCAACAAGAACACCGCCGCUCACCAGCAAUUGGUGCAGAGCUGCAAGGCCAUGGCAGACCACAUUCCCCAGCUGGUCCAGGGAGUAAGGGGCAGCCAGGCCCAGCCUGAAGAUCUCACUACCCAGCUAGCCCUCAUCACCACCAGUCAGAACUUCCUACAGCCUGGCAGUAAGAUGGUGACAUCAGCGAAGUCGUCUGUUCCCACGGUGAUGGACCAGGCCGCUGCUAUGCAGCUGGGUCAGUGUGCCAAAAACCUGGCCACCAGUCUGGCAGAGCUCAGAACCGUAGCACAGAAGGCCCACGAAGCCUGCGGCCCCAUGGAGAUCCACUCAGCUCUCACAGCCGUCCAGACUCUGAAGACUGAGCUCCAAGACGCCAAGAUGGCUGCCAUAGACAUGCAGCUGAAACCUCUACCUGGAGAUUCGAUGGAGAAGUGUGCUCAGGACCUGGGCAGCACCUCCAAGUCUGUGGGAUCCUCCAUGGCUCAGCUGCUCACCUGUGCUGCACAGGGCAAUGAACACUACACAGGGUUAGCAGCCAGAGAGACAGCCCAGGCCCUGAAGACUCUAGCCCAGGCAGCGCGGGGUGUGGCAGCCUCUACCACCAACCCUCAGGCAGCGGCGUCCAUGUUGGAUUCAGCCUGUGAUGUUAUGGAAGGUUCGGCCAUGCUGAUCCAUGAGGCCAAGCAGGCCCUGGUCUCUCCCGGUGACUCAGAGAGCCAGCAGAGGCUAGCCCAGGUGGCCAAGGCUGUGUCCCACUCUCUGAAUAACUGUGUCAACUGCCUGCCUGGCCAGAAGGAUGUGGACAUGGCCCUCAGGAGCAUUGGAGAGGCCAGCAAGAAACUGCUGGGAGAAACGCUCCCUCCAUCCACCAGGUCAUUCCAGGAGGCCCAGAGCGAGCUGAACCAGACCGCAGCAGAUCUGAACCAAUCAGCAGGAGACGUGGUCCACGCCUCCCGCGGCUCCAGCACCCAGCUCGCAGACGCAUCUGGGAAGUUUAGCGAAGACUUUGAUGAGUUCCUGGACGCCGGCAUUGAGAUGGCUGGGCACACUCAGAGGAAAGAUGAGCAGAUCCAGGUGAUAGGUAACCUGAAGAACAUCUCCAUGGCUUCCAGCAAGCUGCUCCUGGCAGCCAAGUCUCUGUCUGUAGACCCUGGGGCAGCUAACGCCAAGAACCUUCUGGCUGCUGCUGCAAGAGCAGUGACAGAGAGCAUUAACCAGCUAAUCACACUGGCCACACAGCAGGCCCCGGGACAGAAGGAGUGUGACAAUGCCCUACGAGAGCUGGAGGCGGUGAAAGGAAUGUUAGCCAACCCCAACGAGCCAGUCAGCAACCUCUCCUACUUCCACUGCAUCGAGAGCGUCAUGGAGAACUCCAAGGUCCUGGGAGAGUCCAUGGCUGGCAUUUCUCACAACUGUAAAACCGGGGAUGUGCCAGCGUUUGGGGGCUGUGUGGGACUGGCCUCCAAGGCCCUGUGUGGGCUCACUGAGGCUGCAGGACAGGCCUCCUACCUCGUGGGCGUGUCUGACCCCAACAGUCAGGCAGGGCAUCAGGGGUUGGUCGACGCCAUCCAGUUUGAACGAGCCAAUCAGGCGAUCCAGAUGGCCUGUCAGAACCUGGUGGAUCCGGACAGCAGCCCCUCACAGGUGCUGUCGUCUGCCACCAUCGUAGCAAAGCACACAUCAGCUCUUUGUAACGCCUGUCGCCUGGCCUCCUCCAAGACAGCCAACCCCACAGCCAAGAGACAGUUUGUCCAGUCUGCCAAGGAGGUGGCCAACAGCACAGCCAACCUGGUCAAAACUAUAAAGGCUCUGGAUGGUGAUUUCUCUCAGGAGAAUAGGAACACGUGUCUGGUGGCCACAGUUCCUCUCAUAGAGGCUGUUGAGAACCUCACAGCGUUUGCGUCUAAUCCAGAGUUCGCCAGCAUCCCUGCUCAGAUCAGCAAUGAGGGCUCUGCCGCUCAGGAGCCCAUCCUCCAAUCAGCUCGCUCCAUGCUGGACAGCUCCACCCACCUGCUGAAGACUGCACGUUCACUGGUUAUUAACCCCAAAGACCCACCCACCUGGUCGGUCCUGGCUGGACACUCUCGGACUGUGUCCGACUCCAUCAAAGGUCUCAUCACGGCCAUCAGGGACAAGGCUCCAGGCCAGAGGGAGUGUGACUACUCCAUAGAUAACAUCAACAGAUGUAUCCGGAACAUUGAGCAGGCCUCGCUAGCCGCAGUCAGCCAGAACCUGGCCAGCAGGGAUGACAUCUCACUGGAGGCCUUGCAAGAGCAGCUGACGUCCACAGUACAAGAGAUUGGAUACCUAAUCGACCCAAUAUCUACAGCUGCCAGAGGGGAAGCUGCCCAACUAGGACAUAAGGUGACCCAGCUGGCGGGCUACUUUGAGCCUCUGAUCAGGACAUCGGUGGGCGUGGCGUCCAAGCUGCAGGACCACCAGCAGCAGAUGACCUUCCUGGACCAGACUAAGACCCUGGCAGAGUCCGCCCUGCAGAUGAUCUACGCAGCCAAGGAGGGAGGAGGAAACCCCAAGGCAUCCCAUACCCAUGAUGCCAUAGCGGAGGCUGCUCAGCUGAUGAGGGAGGCGGUGGAUGACAUCAUGGUGACCCUGAACGAGGCCGCCAGCGAAGGGGGUAUGGUGGGCGCCAUGGUGGACUCCAUUGCUGAGGCCAUGGGCAGGCUGGACGAGGGGACCUCUCCUGAACCAGAAGGAUCGUUUGUAGACUACCAGACUACCAUGGUGAAAUACUCCAAGGCCAUUGCGGUCACCGCCCAGGAAAUGAUGACCAAGUCUGUGACGUGUCCAGAGGAGCUGGGGGGUCUGGCCUCUCGGGUGACCACAGACUACAGCCAGCUGGCCCUGCAGGGACGUCUGGCCGCACACACUGUAGAACCCCAGGAGAUUGGUUUCCAAAUCAAGGCUGGUGUCCAGGAGCUGGGUCACGGCUGUAUCUUCCUGGUGCAGAAGGCUGGAGCGCUGCAGAUCACCCCCUCAGACAGUUACACCAAGAGAGAGCUCAUAGAGUGUGCCCGUACCGUCACAGAGAAGGUGUCGAUGGUGCUGUCGGCCCUACAGGCUGGUAAUAAGGGCACUCAGGCCUGCAUCACAGCUGCCAGUGCUGUCUCUGGCAUCAUCGCUGAACUGGACACCACCAUCAUGUUCGCCUCCGCUGGCACACUCAACGCAGAGAAUGAGGAGUCCUUCACUGACCACAGGGAGAACAUAUUGAAGACAGCGAAGGCUUUGGUGGAGGACACUAAGAUGUUGGUGUCUGGAGCAGCAUCCGGUCAGGACAAACUAGCCCAAGCUGCCCAGUCCUCAGCUAAGACCAUCACACAGCUCACUGACGUGGUCAAACUGGGUACCGCCAGCAUCGGCUCUGACGACCCAGAGACACAGGUGGUUCUGAUCAACGCAGUGAAAGACGUGGCCAAGGCCCUGGCUGAGCUCAUAGGAGCCACUAAGUGUGCUGCGGGCAAGGCUGCAGACGACCCUUCCAUGUACCAGCUGAAGAGUGCUGCCAAGGUGAUGGUGACCAACGUGACGUCCCUGCUGAAGACGGUGAAGGCUGUGGAGGACGAGGCCACGCGGGGGACCAGAGCCCUGGAGGCCACCAUUGAAUGUAUUAAACAGGAACUCACGGUGUUCCAGUCUAAAGACGUCCCGGAGAAGUCGACCACGCCUGAAGAGUUCAUCCGCAUGACCAAGGGCAUCACCACGGCAACAGCCAAAGCAGUGGCGGCUGGGAACUCUGCACGACAGGAGGAUGUGAUCUCCACAGCUAACCUGAGUCGCAAGGCCAUCUUCGACAUGCUGACCACAUGCAAGCAAGCCGCUUACCACCAGGAGGUGAACAAGGAUGUACGGAGCAGAGCACUGCUCUACGGGACAGAGUGCACCACAGGUUACAUUGACCUACUGGAGCAUGUGCUGCUGGUCCUCCAGGGGCCUACAGCAGAACAGAAGCAGCAGCUGGUGUUCCACUCUAAACGUGUUGCUGGGGCUGUUACUGAACUCAUCCAGACUGCUGAGGCCAUGAAAGGCACAGAGUGGGUGGACCCAGAGGACCCCACAGUGAUAGCAGAGACAGAGCUGUUGGGGGCUGCAGCGUCCAUCGAAGCAGCAGCUAAGAAACUGGAGCAGCUGAAACCCAGAGCCAAGCCCAAGCAAGCAGAUGAAACGCUGGACUUUGAGGAGCAGAUCCUGGAAGCAGCUAGGUCCAUCGCUGCGGCCACCAGUGCCCUGGUCAAGUCUGCCUCAGCUGCCCAGAGAGAGCUGGUGGCUCAGGGCAAGGUGGGCUCCAUUCCAGCUAAUGCAGUGGAUGAUGGUCAGUGGUCCCAGGGUCUCAUCUCAGCGGCCCGGAUGGUAGCAGCAGCCACCAGUAACCUGUGUGAGGCAGCUAAUGCCUCGGUCCAGGGCCAAGCCAGCGAGGAGAAGCUGAUCUCGUCAGCCAAGCAGGUGGCAGCCUCCACAGCCCAGCUCCUAGUGGCCUGUAAGGUUAAAGCUGACCAGGACUCUGAGGCCAUGAGGAGACUGCAGGCUGCUGGUAACGCAGUAAAGAGGGCGUCGGACAACCUGGUCCGAGCGGCCCAGAAAGCUGCAUUCCACAAGGCAGACGAUGACAACGUGGUGGUCAAGACCAAGUUUGUGGGAGGAAUCGCUCAGAUCAUAGCAGCCCAGGAGGAGAUGCUGAGGAAGGAGAGAGAGCUGGAGGAGGCCAGGAAGAAGCUGGCUCAGAUCAGACAGCAGCAGUACAAGUUCUUACCCAGUGAACUACGGGAGGACGAGAACUGAGCUAUACCCUGCUGCAUUGCCAUGCUGCCGUUGCGUGUGUGUGUAUGUGUGUGUGUGCAUUGAGUGCAUUUGUACCUGUGCGUCUAUAUGUAAUAUGUUACCACACACACGAGCGGUGGCCCAAAUUGACUUUCCUAGUGUGCAACAACGUUAAGUUGGCCUCUUAAUGUGCCCUCUCAACCAGUGGGUUCAAGCCCAGAAUGGGACAUGGAUAGCCACUGUCUACUACACCUGCAGGGGUCUUUAACUGCCAGGAGUUGUCUACUACCACUAUGACUUGGCUUGUGACGGUCUAUUACCCUGCAUUACCUGCCAGUUAACCUACACUGGGAAAAAGUAUUCUCUAGAAGCAAUGGAUUUUUAACAGGUGAACAUGCUGAAAAAUGUGCAUCAUAAAAGUUUGAAUGUUUUUCUCUAUGGAGCUAUACUUUUGAUGUGAUUGGAUACUAGUGUUGACAGUGAAUCUCCAAAUUAAGGGGAUAUUUCUAGAUGUUAGCAUGGUCUUAACCUUUUGGCCGGACUUUCUUUAAUAAAGGAAGAAGAGUGUGAUAUGUUAGGUGCAUACAGUACAUUAGGCAUUUACACACACAUUGCUAUUCAUUUCCUUUUUUAUGAGACAAGUGAGAAAUUAUAGCAUUUCCUAGAUAUUACUAGUGUUUGAAAUUCCACACUUGGGUGAUUUGACACUUAUGUCACCUUGUGGUCUAUAAAUAUAUAUAUGUCUCCUCCUUGUCAGACAGCAAGUAAUUCAGACAGUUGAGGUAUUUGGAGCAUAUUGAAGAAUAGCUUAUGGAUCUUAUUUAAUGGAACCAUUUUUGUCACAUUGACCGAUCGGCUUGCGUAGACACUUUAAAUAAUCCUUGUUUAGAUGUGCUCUUGACACUGAAGAUUGAAAUGUGCCUAGUGUUGAUAAAUGCUUAAAUUUGCAUCUAAUUGCUCGAGACCUCUUUACAACAACCUCUUAUGAUGCAUUACAAUCUAGUACUUUAUUAUUUCUCUGAUUUGGAGGCGAAGUUACUACAGAAUAACAUUUUUAGCAAGUUAAGAUACUCUGACAUUUACAAUAAGCUUAACUUGUCUCAUCCCUUCCACUACUACAGAUCUCCUAGCCCUGCAUAACCUGGACUGUGGACAGUCCGUUAACUGGCUUCCUUCUACUAUUCUCAUUAGUUUACAGUUGAUAUUGAGCCAUACAGAUAGAACUGAUGUUCAUGAAGCAAUACUAUGAAGGCUCUGUAGGGGGCAGUGUUGGUGUCCUCACGGCCUCCUGACAUGUAAUGAAAUGCCCUCUUGUAGAGAAAUCUUUUCAAACCUCAAACACUACAAACACGGCACCUCUGAAAACCGUUCAGAUACUGUAAGAAAAAAUACUAAUGUAGGAAACAAUUGCUGGUCUUGAAAAUGUAUUAUGAUUUAAGUAGGAGUUUUUUAAAAACAUCCAGGCAAUCUGAAAAUAUUCUCAUUGAUAAAGCGUGAUUUCUCUACAACUCAUAAUGCAAGCUGAAAUGGACGGCUCUGAUAUUGUAACACCCCAGACCUCUUGAAUGAAUGUGAAGCAGUAAAUGUUUGUUGACUUUACACAAUGUACUGUGCUUCUGAUGGUUACCCCUGCUGUCUUACACGGGGCAGAGUCCCCCAUCCCUCCAUAGGGGCCUGUUGGACCACUACAGUGGAUCACGUCCUGUUGUUGUUCACCUGUUGAAUCCGUCUCACUCUUACUCUAAUGGUGCUUUGUGUAACUGUAGUGGGAAGUGCUACUAUUGCACUAUAUUUACCUUCUGUUUGCCAGGCUUGUGUUCAUUAUGCACCGAAAGGAGGAAAUCGGAGGAGGGAUUACCUAGAAUCCUAAUGAACACAACCCAGGUUUGUGUUCAUUAUGCACCGAAAGGAGGAAAUCGGAGGAGGGAUUACCUAGAAUCCUAAUGAACACAACCCAGGUUUGGUUCUAGCGUUUGGUUUUACUAGUUUUAUGGACAGUCGGUGAGUGUUAAGUUAGCAAACAAAUCAUUAUUGUGGGGUAAAGUUCUGUCAGUCAUAUGCAUGGCUUCUGGGUUCUAUUAUUUUUGUAACAGAAAAUACAUCUACACGACGCACUGAAUGGUAUUGGUGUUCUGAACUGCACAUAUGGACAAUAACCCCUAACAAACUGCAAACGGUCCAUGUUAAACAUGUUUUACUCCGUAUUGAUGUGUAACAGUAGGCUCUACAGUUCAAACGCUGGUACAGUUCUGUCAGAGUUCACGCAUCUGGUCGUUGUAGUAUUAUGUCAUUAGUGCCUUAGUCUCUAGCUCAUACAGCGUCUGGUCUGCUUGUGACAACUUAUCUAGCUGGAUAAAGGAGUGUGGUCGGUAUGAAUGAGUAGGGCCUUGAGUUGUUCCUGUCAUAGCCUAUUACCAAUACUUUUAGGUCCCAUAGAGAUGAAAAACACGGCCUCACAGGUACUACUACGUUGUCCUAUAAACUGUACCUCUGUCCCCAUCUUUCUGCCUGAUGCACCCAUGGCCUUGAGGGCAGAGACGAAUGUGUCGCUGUGUAAAAAGUACCAUCACUAUAUGUAUAUGAUAUAUAUGAAGACAACACAUUUUUGUACUGCAUUCCAUGGACAUGUAUCAAGAUGCUUCUGAACUCUAUCUAUGACAGAAUGGAGUCUGUCGUUCGGUUAUUGUAUGUUACAAGUAAAUCAUAGGAUUCACACACUCCGGACAAUAGGUCUGUACUCUGCUGUUUUAUGGAUUGAUUUUUUUUUGUUGUGCUCUCUUUUAAGCCACGAGGAAUCUUUGUUUUAAGGAUAAAUGUGAUAAGGAUAUUAAGAUGUAUAGCUGUUAAUGUAGUGUGACACAUUUCAAUGGUAGGGAGAAACUGUUCAUACCUGUGUGUUUGUCCCAUAAUGAAUUCAAUAAUAAUUAAAGUGCAGUUCUAUAAGAAAGAUCGAUAUGAAGUGACAAUGACCUACAGUAUGGAAACUAUUUAUCUGGCCACAAGAAAACAACAUAUUUUUUGUAUUCACUGAAAAUAAAGGGUUUCAAAGUAA